AUGGAAUCGGUGUAGGUAUCCCUAUUGAUCUGGGUAUACUAUAAAUCCAUACAAACUCAUCCACCGGAGACCACACUCUUUGAGAACUGAGAGAAAGAUAAUCUAUCCUUCCUUUUACCUGACACACUGUGUGUGGACCAAGGCCAGGUAAAAGUGAGAGAGGACAAAAGCACAGAAUGUACACAGCAAAACUGGAACCCACUGUAAACCACUGACUGAACACAAUGUCCUUCCUCAGUGAGGGAAGAGACAGUCAAUAACCAUCAAUCUGUCUCACUCACCGUCAGUGAACAUACCCAAGACUGUCCAUCAAAACCCAGUUGUUCCUGCCGCCACCACAUGACCAGCUCUGGCCUUGAGACCGCCAGUCCUGUGUGAGUUAGUGUGUAACAGUGUGAGUGGAUGUAGCUAGGAUGAGGGGGCAGGAAGUGGGAGGUCCCACUUACAGUCAGUGAAAAUCCCAAGACACCCAAGAGACUGUCCAUCACAUCAAGACCCAGCCAUUACUGACUUUACAUAACCACAUAACCAGGACUGGCCUGGAGACAGCCAGUCCUGUGUGUGUGUGGAAGUAUCCCAGUGUGUGUGAGUGGGUGGAGGUAUCUAGGAGGAGGAGGAGGGGGUGACCGUUGUCUUCUCAGGCCGGAUGCAGAACAUCCUUGAGCAGAACUUAGACAUGGCCACGGCUCUGCUGGCGGGGGAGAAGCUGAAGGAGCUGAUCCUGCCUGGCUCUUCCCAGGAUGAGAAGGGAGGAAUGCUGGCCGGCCUCAUGGUCCAGCUCAAACUGGAGCUACCAUUUGACCGCGUCGUCACCAUCGGCACCGUCAUCAUACCCAUCCUGCUCGUCACUCUCGUCUUCACAAGGAACUUUGCAGGUCAGUGGGUCGGCCAGACGGCAGACCUGGCUUCAACUAUUAUUUGAAAUAAAAUACUUUAGUUGUGCUUGUCUGGGGCAAUUUAACCAGUAGAAUAGUUGCAAAAGUGCAAGCCCGCCCCCUUUGGCACUCCAGGCAGACUAGAGCAAAAGCUCAAAAUAUUUACAAUAUUUCGAAUAGUAUUUGAACCCAGGUCUGGCAGACGCCAAUAGCGGGGGCUGUGACAGUGCUAUGCUGACAGUGCUAUGCUGUAAACACCAAACACACCCAGCAGGUUGGGAAGGGAACUGUAUGUCCUAACGUGUUGUUGUUCACUCACAUUACAUCAGCCUCUCACUUUUCACUGAACUAGAACACAGAUACUAGUAGUCAGCUGUAGUAGCUUUAUGUUAUUCAUACUAUGGCAUUGGUAUAUUUAAAAAUCAACAACAAAGGUUUCUCUCACAGACAAAGCCCCAACAACAUUGGCAUUCGAAUGUCUAACAUAAAAGGAGGACAUUAUCCUGAAUAGUUUUGUUGUGCUCUAUUGGUGCUUUUCCACUGAGACUUACCCCCACACCAGGUUGUCACCAUUGUUUUAUGUUAAUGUGAGCUCUAGUGUUAUUGUGUUUCCAUCAGGAGUGUGACACUAAAGACUUGUGGUGAGCAGAAUCAACAACCUCAUUCAUGACUGUUGGUUUGUGAGAAGGUGUUAAUGUUCACAGUUAGCCAUUGUUAUGUAAAUGAGCGCUGAAAAGUGCCCAGGGCCUUAGCUCCAAGACAGAGUAGGUCCGCCGGAGCCAUGGCCCAGUGAGACACGGGGGCCGGCCCGCGUCGAUGGAAACAGAAAAGUCGGAGCCUUUUAGGGAAAACACUGGGGUAAAUCCUCAGACGAAAUGCACCAUAUGUUAUUUGAAUGAUAGAACUUCAUAGAGAGAUCUGGGAAAUGUAGGGUUAAGUAUGCUGUGCUUUUGGUAUUUGGUGUGAGAGAGAUCAGUGCAGAGAUUAGACUGGGCUACUGUAGUGAACAGAGAGGAGAGAAGAGAGAAAGGAAAGCUCAAUGCUGAGUCAGGCUGUCUGCAUAGCAGGACAAACCAGCUGUGAUUGAGCAUUUCACUUAGCACCGGGCGGGAGGGACUGGUCCGGGAGAGGAUGGGAUUGGGUGGGAGCCCAUCUCUGCAUUCUCUGCACUGCUCCUCCUCAAAACUCCAAAACAUGGGUUGCCCACGGGACCCAUUUGAUAGGCCCCACAAACCUCUGAAGUGCCAUGGCAGCAACCGAUGACAGCAUUGCAAUGUGCACUAUAUUACAUUUAUGUACAAUACAAUACAAUACCUAUUGUAUUGUUGUCAUUGGUUGCUACCCUUAAAUUGAACAAAUUCUGGUGGAUUUAAGUCUCAGGCAAAGUCCAAUACCAAAUGAAGGAGCCUACAGGCCAAAUAUGAACGUGUGCAAAUUUGAAGAACAAUAACAUAAACUUUCUCAAGCCAGAAAAACCAGACACGGUACCCACCCCAGCCACCAGCCACCUGGCUCAGCGCUCUGCAGUCAGUGUGUAAUGUUCUCAUGCUCAGUUCAACACUCAUUAAAUGAAAGUCACAAGUGCACCUCAGGGCCAGAUGCACCCCAUAACCUCCCAAACCUUGGCAGUUGGCCGCCGAAUGGCCUUGCUGCUACCAUGCUCAAGUAUAACAGGGAAAGAAUGGAUGGAAUACAAGUGUGGCUUGAAGUGAUGCCUCCUCCUCAGUCUCCUCUGCAGACGGUUUUAUACAAUGAAUCAGCACUUUCACUAUCAGAGGGAUGAGGCAUUCCUUUGUCUUCCAGAGAGUAAUGAAAUCUGAGAAGUCUUGGAAUGGAUCAAUGGUAUUUCCCCCACAUAGGAAACAUCUAUAAAAUCAACAUUAUACUGACUGUUAGAGGAAAGUUUGACAAUUCAAUUGAACUAAUUUUUUAUUAAUUUGAUUCACUUACUGUAAAUAGAUUACAAAUGUCCAUUACCCUCAGUCAUGUUGUAAUGUUGUCUGAUUAUGAGGCAAACUCUCUCCAUCUUUUCCCCUCUCAGAGGAGUCAAUCUACUGCUACACGCCUCACAACUUCACCCGUGACCAGGCCCUGUACGCACGAGGCUACUGCUGGACAGAGCUGCGUGACGCCGUGCCCGGGGUGGAGCCUGACCUUCGACCUUCGCUGUUUGAGCACAAGUUCCUACCCUACGCCCUGCUGGCCUUCGCCGGCAUCAUGUACAUCCCUGCUUUGGGCUGGGAGUUCAUGGCCUCCACAAGACUUACCUCCGAGCUCAACUUCCUGCUUCACGAGAUCGACAACUGCUACCACCGGGCUGCUGAGGGCCGGGCACCUAAGAUCGAGAAGCAGAUCCAGUCCAAAGGACCAGGUAUCACGGAGAAAGAGAGACGAGAGAUCAUCGAGAACGCAGAGAAGGAGAAGAGCCCCGAGCAGAAUCUGUUUGAGAAGUACCUGGAGAGGCGAGGCCAGAGCAACUUCCUGGCCAAGCUGUACCUUGCGCGCCACCUGGCCAUCAUGUGCCUCAGCUCCAUCCCCAUCUCCUACCUGAGCGCCUACUGGCACCGCCAGCGCCAGAACGAGUUCAGCUGUGCCCUGGGGGAGCCUCCAGACUCUAGCAGCAUCCCUGAGCUGAGGCUCAGCGUCAACUGCAAACUGCCAGCCGUGCAGCUGCAGCGCAUUAUGGCCGCCGUAGACAUCGCCCUGCUGAGCACCAUGAACCUUGUCAUCCUGAUCAACCUACUGCACCUGUUCGUGGUGCGGAAGUCCAACUUCGUGUUCGACAAACUGCACAAAGUGGGCAUCAAGACGCGGCGGCGCUGGCAGAAGUCCCAGUUCUGCGACAUCAACAUCUUGGCCAUGUUUUGCAACGAGAACCGCGACCACAUCAAGUCACUCAACCGGCUGGACUUUAUCACCAACGAGAGCGACCUCAUGUAUGACAAUGUGGUGAGGCAGCUGCUGGCCGCCCUGGCCCAGUCUAACCAUGAUGCUACGCCCUCUGUGAGGGACUCGGGCAUCCAGACCCUAGACCCCAACAUGGACCCCUCUCUCUUGGGGGUGGGAGAGCUGGGAGGGGAGCCGCUGGUCAUCAAACGACCACGCAAGAAGAUGAAGUGGAUCCCCAGCUCCAACCCCCUCCCUCAGCCCUUUAAGGUAGGUCCCCAUACAUAGGUGGCCUAAAUGCUGCCUGCCACAGGUUUGCCUAAACAUCAGACUGUUACCAUGGUUACCCCAUUGAUAUUCAGUCUGAAAGAAGUCUGCCUAAAAAAGACGCAAGUCUACAAGUCAGAAUGUUGAGUAAAAUGAUAUUUACCUUCACCGGUUGUCCGUGCUGUUGGUCCUUUUAUUUAAUUUUUUUAUUUCACCUUUAUUUAACUAGGCAAGUCAGUUAACCCUCCCGUCGUCCUAGGGUCAAAAUGACCCGCCACUGUGUUGAACCAACUUUAUUUAAUUUUUAUAUUUUUUGGAUCAUUUGUGAGAAGGAGGCAGUGAUACUUUCUUUAAAGUCUCACUGCCUCCUUCUCACAAAUGAUCCCAAAAAUAUAAAAAUUAAAUAAAGUUGGUUCAACACUGUGGUGGGUCAUUUUGACCCUAGGACAACGGGAGGAUUAAGAACAAAUUCUUAUUUACAAUGACGGCCUACACCGGCCAAACCCGGACGACACUGGGCCAAUUGUGCGCCGCCCUAUCCCAAUCACGGCCGGUGGUGAUACAGCCUGGAAUCGAACCAGGGGGUCUGUAGUGACGCCUCAAGCACUGAGAUGCAGUGCCUUAGACCGCUGCGCCACUCAGUAGGAGGUGGAGAUAGGGUAUCCACAGGAAAGUGUUGUUUACCCAAUUUAUUGAGGUUCUAUUUUCAAUCUCCUGACGCAAUGUAACCGAACGUAGUCAACCGAAGCACGUUUCCUCGCAAUCAGCUGGAAGCGUUUGUGAAAUUUGACAGCUGAUUGCGUGGGACAACGUUCACUCUGUGGUUCGGUUAGAUUCGGCCAUAUUGUGCAAGUGUUUGUCGCAUGCAAAAAAACGAUAUACAGACCAGCGUACUGAAGGUCGGGUUGAUAACGCUUCCUUGUGGAUAUUUUGUCUCACAUUACCUCUGACAUAGGAACAAAAUUGGCGGACAACAGGUAAAGUAAGUUGAAAUGAAGUUUUUUCAACAUUCUGACUUGUAAUGGGACUGUUUGUGAAUGCUGAGCCUACAUGUUAGAGAUGAGACUGUAAGUAUUUAAUUAUCUGAUUCUAAAAGAGGGUAGCCACAGGUCUGCAUAUUCUGGCCAAUUAUCAUGGGCUGGAAAUGCGAUCUGUUUGUCUAAAGCUGAAUUACACAUAGUAGGCUGUCUAUUUAUGUUAUGACUAAUUACCACCAAAUGAAAAAAGGAUAUUCCUGAUUUCCAACCCAAAUUAACUGAUAUUUGAUUCAUCUUCUCACACUAAGAAACCAACCUGUGGAUUUCCUUCCGGUUAAUACCUUAGUUAAUCUAAAUUAAUAUGCAAUAAAAUAGUCCUCACCCACCGUGCAGAAAAACCAAAGCACCACUUACUGUAGAGUGGGUUUGCUCAGUGGACUAGAACAAUACCUGCGAUAUUCGUAUCAGCAUUUAUUGAGAAGACUUUACAUGAUUUCCGAUUGAAAAGGCCCUCAGAGAAAUGAGGCCCUCAGCAAGAGAUGGUACCGAGUUUUUUCAAUUACAACUUUCUAAAGGCAGAGAACCUAAUCGGUUUCAAUCAUAACUAACAAUGUUAUAUUACCGUUUAAGGGAUUGUUCACUUUUUAAGUUUGAGCUUUUUUGCAAAUUAUCUAGGGUCUUGUCGUUUCAUCCCAACCAUUUAAAGUUUGUUAAAACCAGAGGUAAACCUUAGUAAGUCGGAAAAAAACCUUGGUGAAAUAAGCUAAAACUUCACAAGAGUGAACAAUCCCUUUAAUGGUCUAAUUCUACUUGGGAUAAUUGUACUAACUGUCCAUGUCUGUCCAUUGUGAAGGAACCUCUGACAAUGACGCGUUUGGAGAACAGCACUAAGACUGAGAAGCCCAAACCGGUGAGGAGGAAACCAGUGGCAGAGCACUAUGUUGCUCCAUUAAGCAAGAGCACACAGUACCCACCCUCUGCCAAAGGUACUGUACUGAGAGCAGUGACAUUACUGUAGAAAAUAAUGGUAAUAGAAAGUUGAGUAGGCUAACAUACAUUUUAUGGUUACUCUAUUUUGGAUAUUUGACUAAAACUGCUAUUUCAUAGAAAAGUGCUUCAGGAAUGCCACAUACUGUAAAUAAAGUUGUGCAACUUGUGCACCAUUUGGUCCUGCUAUUGUGUUCUAUCCCCCCUUACCAUAUCUGUUGAAUGCCGACUGCAGAUAUGAGCGCAAUGGAGAAAAAGCACAGUCGCAACUUUACCCUGGAUGUCCACCCAUACAUGCUGACCAUCCGUAAGCCCACCAAGGUAGAGACAGUCAGCACAGAGCCUCUGCCCCCUGACCACACCCUGGACUCUGUGUUCAUCGAGGGCACACACACCAUUGUCCAUGUCUCUGCUUCUAUCACAGGUAAGAUUGCCAUGCCUCAUCUCAGGAGGGAUCUGUCACCAAGGCAACCAAAUCUUAUUCUAUAUAUUCCUGUCUCCCCUGAUUAUUUUUGACAUUUUAGAGAAAGGAAAGAAAGGAGAGAACUGAGAAAAAGCCAACUCUAACAGAAUGCUUAACGUAAUGCAAUGGUGACCCAGAGUUUGCAAUGAUGACCCAGUUUUUCAUGACCACUUCGUCCUUAUAGGUUACAAGUAGGCUAUAACUAGGGUCUAAAGUUUUUCCUGGUUAGGUCAUGUGGUCAGGAAAAAAACUAUGGGCCUGUGUACAAUAUCUCUCUCUCUCUCUCUCUCUCUCUCUCUCUCUCUCUCUCUCUAGAAAAGAAAGAUCGCACCCCAGAGUCCACCAACACGGUCUUCUCUACAGUGACCGUCCCCACCAGCAUCUAUCUGAACGGUGCCACUCCCAACCCACCCUCCCUCGCUGACUGCCACUCUACAGAUUCGCUGAUCAAACAAGAGGAGCCUGAUGCCCAGGCUGCAGUCUUCACUCGGAUCCCUUCCCACCAGCUUAUAAGUAUGCACCAGAUACUCAGUAUGGAGGAAGAGGGAGCAGGAGGCCAGGGGGCCAGACUGGCUGAGAGACCCGGGGGGGAACUAAUCGCUGCUGGGGAGUCCUGA